AUGGUGAAGCCAGCUGAUGUUGACGUUGUUGAUGCGGGCAAGAAGGGCGCACCCGCUGGCAGUCCCGUCAUGGCAGCGUGCGAGGAGGACGUGCUGCUCUCUGUGCGCGGGGAAGGCGUCGAAAGGAAGCUGGAAAAUGUGUCUCGUUUCCCUCGUCAUGGCUGGAAGGUCCCUCUCGACCACAGAUUCCCCGAGAAGAGGAACCAGCGGAUUCGGCCGAGGAUCGCGCAGCUACCCCAGCUUAUGCCGCUCUUCGUGAGAUAUCUUGUCUACUACAUGUACACAAGGGCCCAGGGACGCAAGCCGUGGAUAGAUUGCAUAACAAUGAUGAAUGGAAAACAGAUGUAUGGUGUCCCACUGGGAGGCAUAGGCUCGGGGACGAUUGGCCGCGGGUUUAGGGGGGAGUUCUGCCGCUACCAGAUGGUACCAGGAAUCUACGAGUACCACACCGUCAUGGCCAAUCAGUUCAUCGUGACAAUCAGAGACCCCAAGGGCAAUACGCUCUACCAAAAGGUCUUGUCAGUACACAGUAAGGCCAAGAAGGGCUUGGGGUCAUGGGACUGGGGCUUCAGUGGUGCCGAUGCCCUGUACUGCGGCCUCUAUCCCAGAUCGUGGACUGUCUACAAUAUCAAAGAACAGAGCAUAAGACUCAUAUGCCGUCAGAUUUCACCUGUUAUACCACACAAUUAUAAAGGCAGCUAA